AUGCCUACCCGUACUUCAAAGACCCGCAAGCACCGCGGUCACGUUUCCGCCGGUAAGGGACGUGUCGGAAAGCACCGCAAGCACCCCGGUGGUCGUGGUCUUGCUGGUGGUCAGCACCACCACCGUACCAACAUGGACAAGUACCAUCCCGGUUACUUCGGUAAGGUUGGUAUGCGAUACUUCCACAAGCAGCCCAACCACUUCUGGAAGCCCAUCAUCAACCUCGACAAGCUGUGGUCUCUCGUCCCCCAGGAGACCCGUGACGCCUACGUCUCCGGCGAGAAGAAGGACACCGUCCCCGUCCUCGACCUCCUCCCCCUCGGUUACUCCAAGGUCCUCGGCAAGGGCCGUCUCCCCGAGAUCCCUCUGGUCGUCCGCGCCCGCUGGGUCAGCCGCCUUGCUGAGCAGAAGAUCAAGCAGGCCGGUGGUGUCGUCGAGCUUGUCGCUUAA